UGCGCUUCCUCGACCCCCGUUUCCGCGGCCUUUCCUGCUUUCUCCAAUGGUCGAGACCGAUUUAUCCGAGGCGACUGGAGCGACUAUCCAGUAGCGACACCCGCCUGUUUUAUUCCCAAAUAUCGCGGGGGGUGGGGAGCAGGAAGCCGCCUCCUUCUACUGCUCCGGGAGGGCGGCCAGGCAGAGCGGUGCGCUCGUCCGCCUUCAAGCGAGCAAGGAAGGAAGGCAGCAAAUAUGGCGGCGUCGGGCUGUCGGGGCCACUCGGCUUCCUACCUCGGGGGGGCGCUUGUCGCCCUCCUUGUGUCGGGCUUAGCUCAGCCCCACGAUAUAUCCAGACGACCCUCCUGGAAUUUGAAAAUGAAUCAAGCUUUACUACAAAUUCAUAAUGAGUUGCUCACUGAGAACUUGACCGUCUAUUGGGUCUCAGAUUAUUGUUAUGAGUGUUUGAAACAGGAGUUGAUUUCUGUCCCAAUGAAUAGAACAUCCAAAGAAAUUCACGUUGUAGCUGUUGAUUCUCAGCAUGCCCUCACUUUGGUGGUAAAUAAUACUAACGAAGGAAAAGAACUAUGCAGGAUUCAUUAUCAUUUUGGAGAAUAUGGAAACUAUUCCUUAAGGAUUAGGAAUCUCCACAGCAACAUCCUGAAUAUUUCAUGUGAUAUAGUUAUCAACCAAAGUCCCCUCAACAGCUAUCUCCCUCUUUUAUUUGCAUUUCUCAUCUACAUGGGUAUUUUCACUGUUCUGAUGAUUGGACAGAUGUGCAUGAACAUGGAACCAAUCAGAAAUUGGCUUUACAAAAAGAUGAAUCCUAGAGAAACUGAUCGACUUAUUAAUUCAGAGCUUGGAUCCCCAAGCAGAACAGAUUCCAUUGGUGGUGAUCUCCCAGUAGGAGUAUGGAACACUGCUUCCUCUUUACAGAGACUUCGUUCCCUGGAUACCUUCAGAGGACUGGCACUUAUAAUUAUGGUCUUUGUGAAUUAUGGUGGAGGAAAAUAUUGGUUCUUCAAACAUCAGAGCUGGAACGGUCUAACGAUAGCAGACCUCGUCUUUCCAUGGUUUGUAUUUAUUAUGGGCACCUCUAUUUCACUGUCUCUCAGUGCCAUGUUGAGACGGGGUUGUUCCAAAUGGCAAUUGCUGGGCAAAGUCUUGUGGAGAAGUCUCCUCCUCUUUUUAAUAGGACUCAUAGUUGUGAACCCAAAUUACUGCCUUGGACCCUUGGCCUUCGAUAAUCUACGAAUUCCAGGUGUGCUCCAGAGACUGGGUUGCACAUACCUUGUCGUUGCAGCACUAGAACUCCUCUUUGCCAAACCUGUGCCUGAGAACAGCACCCUGGAGGCUCCAUACCCUGCUCUCCAGGAUAUUCUUCCAUACUGGCCCCAGUGGCUUUUCAUGUUGGCCCUUGAAGGACUUUGGCUGUACCUCACCUUCCUUUUGAAUGUACCUGGGUGUCCAAAAGGCUACCUCGGACCUGGAGGUAUUGGCAGUUUUGGAAAGUUCCCCAACUGUACAGGAGGGGCAGCAGCUUACAUUGAUCGUUUGCUUCUAGGAGAGAAACAUAUCUACCAGCAUCCAUCUUCUAAUGUGCUUUAUCUUACUGUGGUACCCUUUGACCCUGAAGGAAUUUUAGGAACAAUAAAUUCUGUUGUUAUGGCAUUUUUGGGACUUCAGGGAGGAAAAAUUCUUUUGUUUUAUAAAGAUCAGCAUAAGCAAAUAAUGCUUCGUUUUUGUGUGUGGAGUGUAAUAAUGGGUGUCAUUUCUGUGUUGUUGACAAAAUGCUCCAAAGAUCAAGGCUUGAUUCCAGUUAACAAGAAUUUAUGGUCAAUUUCAUAUGUGACAACACUGAGCAGCUUUGCCUUUAUACUUCUGCUGUUGGUAUACUACCUUAUAGAUGUUAAGAAGGUGUGGUCAGGGGCUCCAUUUUUCUAUCCAGGUAUGAACUCCAUUCUUGUUUAUGUUGGACACGAAAUAUUUGAAAACUAUUUUCCUUUUAAAUGGAAGCUGCAUGAUACACAGUCACACAGUGAACAUUUGACUCAGAACCUAAUUGCUACAUCUUUAUGGGUUAUCAUAUCAUAUAUGCUCUACCGUAAAAAGAUAUUCUGGAAGAUUUAACUCAACCCAGCACAUAUCAAAAAGUAUGGGUUACGAGAACAUUGUAACACCACCACCCCAUCAUAUUGAUGUCACUUUUUUUUUUAAAGGGUCAUGUAUUUGGUUUACAUUCCGGAUUAUCUUGAACUGAAAUCUGUAUUUUAAGGGUUUGUUGACUUGCCAUUUAGCUACAACAAGGUUUUGUUCAAAUUUUAUUUUUUACAUUAUUCAAUUUCUAAAUAAAUAUACUGAGUAUAUUCCAAUAA